AUGGCUCUCGGUGGUGAAGUGAAUAAUGAUAAUGCUACGAAACAAACUUCACAAAAAGUGAAAAAAUGUCCAGUGACCAGUAAUUUAACCGAGAAAAGUGGGAGCGAGAAUGGUAACAAAGUCCUUAAAACCGAGAAAGUGCCUAAGAUGAAAAAAGAAUCUAACAAAAACCUAAAUGCAGUCAGUUGUAGUAAUGGUCAUGUUAGUACAAAUGGCCGCGCAGAUGACGAGGGUGGCGGUGGCAACGUCCCGUCGCCACGUGUGUCUUACGCUGCCGCUGCGCGAAAGGCAGCCUCACCGCAGGCUAAUAACACACCCCCGCAAUACCCGCAGAGCACAGAAUGCCUCAAAGGAAAAUCUUUAAGUGAAAAACCUGCAGUAAAAUCCGGUACUUCGACUACGAAAUUAAAUGGUGAUAGAUCAAUAUCAGAUGAUAAUAAUGAGAAUAAUAAAGAUAAACCAAGUACCAAAGAACCAAUAAUGAAUGGCACUGAAAAUACUAAUGUAGAUCUUAUCAAUGGAGACCCAAAAAAUAAUUCAGAUUGUGAUAUUAGUAGUAGUAGUAAUACUAAAAUAGUUUCUAAUGGAAUUAACAGUGAUACAGAUGACACAAAAUCUAGUAAAUCAGAUGAAAACAACGAUAUAGGUGAAACUCCAGAUUUAAAUUUAACUGUUUUUGAUACUAAAUCAGUAAGUAGUAAAAAGAAAGAAAAUAAGAAAAUAUCAUCGGAGAAACAAAAGGACGCUGACAAGAAGAAGUCUAAAGCAGACAAUAGUGUAGACGAUAAGGAAGAUAAUGAAAGCUUAAGUACAUUGGAUAAAUUGGAUAAAGAUGAGGAUAAAACUGAUGAUGAAGUCGGUAAAAUUAAUAAUGGUGACAAAGAAAGAGAAUCGUCGCCCAGUGAGGAUGGAGAUGAAAAAAAACGUGAUGCCGAAGUUGUAUUCAUACAGGAUAUGGGAUUUACAGUGAAGAUUGUUAGUCCUAGAGCUGAACCUUUAGACAUUCAGGUUUCGAGUAUGGAACUCGUACAAGAGAUACAUCAAGUUCUAAUGGAUCGUGAGGAUACUUGUCACAGAACUUGUUUCUCGCUUCAGCUUGAUGGUAUUACAUUAGAUAAUUUUGCUGAGCUGAAAAACAUUGAGGGUUUAAAAGAGGGUUCUGUUAUAAAGGUCGUUGAGGAGCCAUAUACAAUGCGUGAGGCUCGAAUUCACGUACGUCAUGUACGGGAUCUUUUGAAGUCUAUCGAUUAUGUAGAUGCGUAUGCAGGCCAGGAAUGUAGUUCUCUUGCUUUCCUUAACGUUAUCACACAGGGUGACAUACUAGAGAAGAAAAAAUCAAGACCAGAGAGUGUUGAUUGUACUCCUCCCGACUACAUAAUGCCUGGUAGCACAGAACGUCCAUUAUUGCCUCUUCACCCAGGACUCACGAAGGAAAAUAAAGCCCCACAAUGUCUAAAGGUCCUUACAACGUCAGGCUGGAAUCCACCACCAGGGCCACGAAAAAUGUGUGGGGAUUUACUAUAUCUGCAUGUCAUUACUUUAGAAGACCGUCAUUUCCACAUAACGGCGUGUCCUCGCGGUUUCUACCUCAAUCAAUCCACCGAAGAAGUGUUCAAUCCUCGCCCUUUCAACCCGUCCUUACUUUGCCAUUCCCUCAUAGAGCUUCUAAGUAUCGUGUCACCUGCGUUCAAGCGGAACUUCGCGCUGGUACAGAAGAGACGCAUGCAGAAACAUCCAUUUGAAAGGGUCGCUACACCCUACCAAGUAUAUCAAUGGGCUUCACCUAUGCUGGACCAUACGGUGGACGCCAUCAGAGCCGAAGAUACGUUCUCCUCCAAGCUGGGCUACGAGGAGCACAUCCCGGGGCAGACUCGCGACUGGAACGAGGAGCUGCAGACCACGCGCGAGCUGCCCCGCGCCACGUUGCCUGAGCGCUUGCUUCGCGAGCGGGCUAUAUUUAAGGUCCACAGCGACUUCGUAGCGGCGGCCACGCGCGGCGCCAUGGCGGUGGUGGACGGCAACGUGAUGGCCAUCAACCCGGGUGAGGAGCCCAAGAUGCAGAUGUUCAUCUGGAACAACAUAUUCUUCUCCCUCGGCUUCGAUGUACGCGAUCAUUAUAAAGACCUCGGCGGUGAUGCUGCGGCUUUUGUUGCGCCGCGCAAUGACCUGCAAGGCGUGCGCGUGUACAGCGCGGUGGACACGGCGGGGCUGCACACGUUGGGCACGGUGGUGGUGGACUACCGCGGCUACCGCGUCACCGCGCAGUCCAUCAUACCCGGCAUCCUGGAGAAGGAGCAGGAGCAGAGCGUGGUCUACGGCAGCAUCGACUUCGGCACCACCGUCCUGUCACACCCCAAGUACAUGGAACUGUUAAGCAAAGCCGGUCAACAGCUAAAGAUAAUGCCGCACUCAGUGAUCAGCGCCAAUGGUGAAACUGUAGAGCUGUGCUCCAGUGUCGAGUGCAAGGGCAUCAUCGGCAACGACGGCCGCCAUUACAUACUGGACUUGCUCCGCACUUUCCCGCCGGAUGUUAACUUUUUACAAUUGGAAGACGACGAGUUAAGAGAAGAUAUUAAAUCAAUGGGCUUCCCGAUUAUACAUAAGCACAAAUUGUGUUGCCUUAGACAGGAGUUAGUUGAUAGUUUUGUUGAAGCACGUUACUUCAUGUUCAUACGUUACGCUGCAUUCCACCUACAACAGUUAAGUGCGAAGCGUCAGCGUAAGACUUCAGAACAAAAAUCGCUUGAAGCUAACAAAGUAAGUGCUAUAAAAGAGGCUGUUAAAGAGACUGAGAAGGAAACGAAGACAGAUAAUAAGAGCCAAGAGAAGGAAACUAAGGAUAAGAAACAAAAGAAAGAUGAGAAAAAGGAGAAAGAGAAGCUAGACACUGCCAAAAAGGAAGAUGUAAAAGAGAAAGUAACAGAGAAGGAAGUAGUGGAGAGUUUGGACGUAAAAGAAAAAGAUGACGAAAUAUUACUCAAUGAAAAUUAUUCUGAAAUCGACACAGAUGUCGCUAAAAAAAUUGUUGAGAGUAUUACUGAUUCUAUUUGCAGUGGAGAUAAGCAAGAGAGCGAUUCCGGCGAGCGUUCCCGCGCAGUGGUGGCGGCGGCGGCGCGCGCGGUGGCGUCGCUCAAGGAGUCGGAGUUCGAUGUGCGCUUCAACCCCGACGUGUACUCGGCGGGCAUCAAGCACGCCGCCGCGCCCGAGCAGCUCGCGCGCCAGCGGCACCUCGUCAAGGAGGCCGCCGCCUUCCUGCUCACGACCCAGAUACCGGCUUUUGUGCGCGAGUGCCUGGAGCACACGUCGGCGCCGAUGGACGGCGCGGGGCUGACGGAGGCGCUGCACGCGCGCGGCAUCAACGUGCGCUACCUGGGCCGCGUGUGCGCCGCGCUGCGCCCGCACGCGCCGCUCGCCUACCUGCACAGCAUCGCCGUCGCCGAGCUGCUGCUGCGCGCCGCCAAGCACGUCUACACGCCAUAUCUACAGGGCUGCGAGGCCAUGUACACAGGCACAGCCGUGGCGCACUUCCUGAACUGUUUCCUGGGCGCGUGCCCGAGCCCGUCCGCCGGCGCGACGGAGGCGCCCGCGCGCGCGCCGCGCUCGCGCCGCCGCGCCAAGAAGACGCACCACGCGUCGCCCGCGUCGCCGCCGCCCUCGCCCGACUGGCAGAACCUCACCCCCAAAGCGCUGUUUGCACAGAUUAAACAGGAGCUUAAGGCUUACUGGGGAUACGAAUUGAAUGCAGAGAGUAUGGACGUCUUUAUCGAAAAACACGCACUUCAGAAAAUAUCGCUUCUUAGGUCCUUCGCACUAAAGGUCGGCUUGCAAGUGUUGUUGCGAGAGUAUGACUUUGAUAAUAAGAACAAGACAACAUUCUCUGGAUCUGACAUCAUGAAUAUUUUCCCAGUCGUCAAACAUAUCAAUCCAAGGGCAUCGGACGCGUACAACUUCUACACGACGGGUCAGAACAAGAUCCAAGCGGGCGCCGUGUCGGAGGGCCACGAGCUGAUAGCGGAGGCACUGAAUCUGCUCAACAAUGUGUAUGGCGCCAUGCACGGCGAGAUAGCGCAGUGCCUGCGCAUGGUGGCGCGCCUGUGCUACGUCACCGGCGACCACCGCGACGCCAUGGCCUACCAGCAGAAGGCUGUGCUCAUGUCCGAGCGGGUCAAUGGCAUCGAUCAUCCGUAUACUAUCACUGAAUAUUCGCAUCUGGCGUUAUACUGCUUCGCAAAUGGACAAGUCAGCACGGCGUUGAAGCUGCUCUAUCGCGCCCGCUACUUAGCGCUGCUCGUGUGCGGCGAGAACCAUCCAGAAAUGGCUUUGUUAGAUAGCAACAUAGCGCUGAUCCUGCACGCUGUGGGCGAGUACGAGCUGUCGCUGCGGUUCGCGGAGCGCGCGCUGCGCGUGACGGCGGCCACGCACGGCGCGCGCUCGCUGAAGGCGGCCGUGGCGCGCCACCUGCUCGCGCGCACGCUCUCCUGCCUCGGCGACUUCCGCGCCGCGCUGCAGCACGAGAAGGAGACGUACUCUAUAUAUAAGCAGCUGCUGGGCGAGAAGCACGAGAAGACGCGCGAGUCGUCCGAGUGCCUGCGCCACCUGACGCAGCAGGCGGUGGUGCUGCAGAAGCGGCUGACGGAGGCGAGCGCGCGCGGCCUGCACGCGCCCGCGCCGCUGCACAUACAGCCGCCCGCCAUGGCCUCCGUCAUCGAUAUGCUCAACCUCAUCAAUGGCAUACUUUUUGUUCAGAUCAGCCCUCAAGAUAUAGAGCAGUUCAAAGCGGAGAUAGAGAAAAGACAGUUGAAAGACUUGCCGAUCCCCGGCCUUGCCGACGCAACGCACAAGAGCGACGGCGACGCGGCCGGGCCCAAGGAGGUCAACGGCGCCGACAGU